ACAUAUUAUACUAAGCGUAAAAUCGUGUUUUUAUACAAAACGGUCUACGAAAUUUCUAACGAAAAGAAAAUUUUCUGUACUCGUAGAAAUCGCGCUAAAAAUAACUCAAGGCCGUGCCACAGAUUAAAAACUAAUUCCUUAGGUAUCAAAACUUUUUGUUUCGACCUUAUUUAUUUUUAACGCUGCGGGUACUACGUUGAAGUACGCAUGCGCCGGCUUUUCACCCUGUCACCUCACAUAACCUCAAAGGGGUUCAACGGGAACAACAAUUCAUUAAUAUUAUUUUGUAUGGUGUAAUUUUUAAAUGGGCAGCCGUGUGUGCGUCGACAUUCCUAUUGGCUGUCUGACAUCGUACCAUUGCCUCAAAUGAUGAACAGUUGAGGAACAGCGGCUCGUAAAGUGAAUCAGUGCCCGUUAUGUUGAGGAAAGAGGAACAUUACAGUGAUAUUUCAGUGAUAAAUACUAAGUGUAUCGAUGUAUAUAGUGAUUUAUAAGUGUAUAGUUAUAUUAAAGUAAAGUUUUAGAGUGAGUGUUUAUAAAAAUAUUGCCGCAAUAUUUUUAGGUUAUGUUUGGUCGCUUUCACGCCGUCUGUGUACAGUCAGCAGAUUAGCAAAACAAAUUGCCUAAUUGUUUUUCGAUUUUCGAAUUGAAUUAGUAGUGUAUUUGUGUGACCUACAUUGUUCACGUUUAGUUAUCGUGUAUAAACGCAGCAGCAUCACAAAAGACUGAUACUAGACUAAUCUUCUACAAGAUUAGUUAAAAAGAAAGCUUAUCAACAACGAAUCUGGGACCAAAUGGACUGAUAAAUUAAUAAACAGAAUAAAACAAAAAGUGUCUUAAAACUAGUGCAUAAGUGUAUACAGACUUUAGAGACGAUAAAAACAAUUAAUAUGACGAAGAAAAAUUUAUCCCAGGCUACUGGGUUAUUGAACCCCGCUGAACCUGAAGUUCCAAAGAUAAUCUUAGAUGAAGAGGAGUCGCGGAGAAACUCCCUGAUUGGUAGUGUAAUGGAUAACAUCUCCAUCGCUGCAAGAGGGAGGGACUAUGACGUGAAGAGGAAACGAUGGCUAAUCCUCGGCAUGUUUGUGAUCUACUCGGCCUCAAACUCCAUGCAAUGGACUCAGUUCACGAUAAUUCAGGACAUAAUAAUGAACUAUUACGGUGUGACUGGCAACCAAGUGUCGUGGACUUCCAUCAUUUAUAUGAUCACCUAUGUGCCUCUCAUAUUCCCUGCGAGCUGGUUUCUGGAUAAAACGAACCUUCGCGUGACAACAAUCAUCGGUUCGUUCGGGACGUGUUUGGGAGCAUGGCUGAAGGUGUUCUCCGUGCCCCAGGACAUGUUCUGGCUGGGUUUCACUGGCCAGACUGUGGUGGCUGUCUCCCAGGUGUUCAUACUCAACGUGCCACCGCGUCUGGCAGCUGUCUGGUUCGGAGCUGAUCAGGUCUCGUCUGCCUGCAGUAUCGGCGUGUUUGGGAAUCAGCUUGGUGUGGCCGUUGGCUUCGUGCUUCCUCCGAUGUUAGUCCGUGCAUCGGGCACCAUCCCCGAGAUAGCAGCCGACCUGCGCCUCAUGUUCUACCUCAUCGCAGGCUUCACCAGUGUGCUGUUCGUUUUUAUUCUACUGUUCUUCAAGGCCGCUCCCCCCUCGCCACCAUCAGCCGCUGCAGAUCUUGGCAACAGUCUGGACUCGAACUUCCUACUGUCCCUGAAGAAACUGAUCACGAACCGCAACUAUGUGCUGCUCCUCAUCUCAUACGGUCUCAACGUAGGAACCUUCUACGCUAUCUCGACUCUGCUCAACCAAGUCAUACUCACUUAUUAUCCGGGAGCAAACGUAGACGCGGGUCGCAUUGGUCUGGUGAUCGUGGUGGCCGGCAUGGCAGGGUCGGUGGUGUGCGGGCUGGUGCUGGACAAGACGCACCGCUUCAAGGAGACCACGCUCUCGGUGUACGCCGCCUCCGUCGUCGGCAUGCUCAUCUUCACCUUCACGCUCGACUGCGGAUACAUCGCCGUGGUCUAUCUCAGCAGCAUUUUACUUGGGUUCUUCAUGACUGGCUACUUACCUGUGGGCUUCGAAUUUGCUUCAGAGGUGACCUACCCCGAGCCUGAAGGCACCACUUCAGGAAUACUGAACGCUGUAGUUCAGAUCUUCGGUAUUGUGACUACCCUGCUGUAUGAAUGGAUGCUGGGCACAGUCGGAGAUCGCUGGUCGAACCUCACCCUCUGUGGACUGCUGGCUCUAGGCACUGCCAUCACGGCAGCCAUCCGAUCCGAUCUGAGGCGACAGGCCGCUCAGAACAACGCCAAGGAGUGAAUCGAUCAACGUAUUCAUAUUAAUUGACAUUCCAAAAGUAUUCUCAAAUAAUGCAUUAUUUUAUAAAAUUCUUGUAUUGUAUGCAGCCAGCUUUACGUUUUUAAUUAUUUGUAAAUUCUCUGCGAGUUGGACUCAAGCUGUGACGUAACUGCACUCAGUUUAAGUCGGGCCUAUAUAAAUUAUAAUAUAUUGUUAGCAGCGAUACAUUAUCUCACUAUAAUAUUAUUAUUUAUUACUGAUAAGUUUACGUAUUAUACUUAUGUUAGUGGUGCUUAGGCUGUGAAUUUAUCGUUAUCAUCUUGUUUGGACUCAUUCUGAGGCGAAUUCUAGAGAGGAAUAAAUGGAUAAACGUAUACGGCAAUAAUUUGCAGAGAUUUUUAAUUAAUAUUUUAGUAGCCUAAUAGGUACCUAUUGAAAUUAUUUAUUAUAAUUGAAAUGCCUUUUAGUGAGACCACUAUUAUCCAAGUGUCAAAUUCUGUAGACUUUAUAGUAGGGGAGCCCAUGAAGGGAUUUCGGUAGUUACUCGAGCGCGUCAGAUUAACAUAUGGGGAAAACCUA